UUGAUUACACAGACUCAAAUCGUUUCUUGCAUAACCAGACCCGCUCAGUCGAUCUCAUACUGAUUGAUGUCCGCUUGUGUUUAGUGUGUCCCGAGUGCGAUAAAAACAUGUUAUUAUCAUCAACUCUGCGCUCUGCGCUGUCUUAUACGGCGAGGCAGGUUCGCAGUCUGCAUCAGUCAUCAGCUCGUGCCGGAGCAGGAGGAAUUUUUGUGCACAGAGACACACCAGAAAACAAUGCAGAAACUCCAUUUGAAUUCACCCCAGAAAACAUGAAGAGAGUUGAGGCCAUCAUGAAUAAUUACCCAGAGGGACACAAAGCGGGCGCCACCAUUCCUGUGCUGGAUUUGGCUCAGAGGCAACACGGCUGGCUUCCUAUUUCAGCUAUGAACAAGGUGGCAGAGGUCCUGGGCAUCGCUCCUAUGAGGGUGUAUGAAGUUGCAACUUUCUACACCAUGUUCCUCCGUCAGCCGGUUGGAAAGUACCACAUCCAGAUCUGCACCACCACGCCGUGCAUGCUCUGCGACUCGGACAGCAUCCUGGCGGCCAUCCAGAACAAACUGGGUAUCAAAGUCGGGGAGACCACGGAAGACAAAUUAUUCACGCUAACAGAAGUUGAGUGCCUUGGGGCUUGUGUGAAUGCACCAAUGGUCCAAAUCAACGAUAACUAUUAUGAGGAUCUGAAACCAUCAGACAUAGAGCAGAUCAUUGAUGAGCUGAAGGCAGGGACAGUCCCUCUACCUGGGCCCAGGAAUGGCCGUUUCUCAUGUGAGCCCACCGGAGGGUUAACCUCACUGAUAGAACCUCCUCCUGGACCGGGCUUUGGAGUGAGACCUGACCUGUAAACAGACCUCCACAGUCCAUUAUCUGACUCGAGUCCUUGUUCACACCAGAGAUGUUGUGUAUGUAAAUAAAAUGUUAUAAUUAACUAUA